UAAAAAAUAUUUUGACAUAUAACAAACAAAUGACAAUCAACCAGUCACAGACUGACGGGCAUAUGUUAAUUUCGAGCCCUGCAAUGUUCAUGAAUAAAUACAUGUUGAAAAGUGUGCAGAACUAUUGUGCAUAAUUUGUACCACCUUUAAAAAAUUGUACGGUUUCUGCUCUGUAUUUGAUGUCUGACAACUUUCAUAUAUGCCAAGACAUUUAUUGUAAAUGUAUAUAUAUCAAAACUCAAUCACAUACUGUGUAUUUUGUCAAUUAAACAUUGUGCUCUGAACCCAUUUUCUAUCUAUUAAACACAUAUUGUAUAACAACAUUAACUAUCAUAUUUUCAUUGAUUUGAAGGCACAUAUUUAUUUAUUUUUUUAAAAAUAUUAAAAAAUAAAAAUAAAAAACCUACCUACUGACCCUUUUUAAAAAUCAGAGGCGACCUGAAAAACCUUCUCUUUUUUUGGCCUAAUAUAAAAAUACUACUACUUUUUUUCGGUCUGGCAAAAUGUGAUUCGGUCUGGUAAUGUUCCUGUGUUUACCAGACCAAAUGUCCCAUAAAACAUUUCAACAUUUCGCAAUCACUGAAAGCAAAGUAGAAAGUCUUAUGUUCAAUUUACAUAUUCAUGAAUGUGAGUGCAAAGGUAAAAAAUUGUUCAAGUCAAUUAACUAAAGACUGCAUAGGUAUUAUAUUCGACUUUUAAUUACCAUCACAGAUGCAGCAGGACUUAAAUAGUUUUAAUCUUCUAUCUUCAAACAUUAACUUCAGUAAGUUUUGAAAUUUAUGGUGGUUUAAUUAGGAAACCCCAGAGAUAUAAACUGAAAAUGAAAAAUUCCAGAGAGAAAUUUACAGAAAUUAUAGUAUUGAUAGAAAAUAUUUCAUACUUUUAUGGUAGGUGUAUUAUGAAUUGUUUGAGCAGAGUCCUCAUACCUUAGUGUACUGUCUGGUGUGCUGAAUGGUCACAUUGCAGUAUCAUAUGAUUUCAUGUAAUAGAUAAGAUAAGAUAAGUUUAUUCCAAUUUUGGGCCCAGAGGGCAUAACAGUAAGACAGUUUAUAAAGAAGGAAAUUCAAAAAAAGAAAGAAAGUUUACAACAUUAACUACAGGUUACAUAGACUGCAAACUGCAUGUGGAUGCAGCAUGUUGGGGAAACAAGUACAUACAUAUAUGAAUUGCUAAUCAUGUGUAUACACAAGUAAAUGGACAGUAUCAGUAUUAUACCAACAUAUGAAUAAUAAACUAUAAUGAUUUUUGUAAUAUUGUGGGGCCUGUCCUACAAAAACAAGUUGGCAGUGUUUCAUAGAAAUAGGGAUGUGCCAGUCUGGAUUAUCAAAUCAUCAUUGUGUGGAGUUGCUGGCAAUAAUUUUGUGAAGGAUAUGAGAAUAUUUUUUUGUGUGUCAGUAACCAGGAGAUAAAGGGGGUCACAUGUCUUAAUUAUGUAAGAUAUUGCAGACUCUCCCAGCCAGUGUGAACUGAUCACUGUGCGAGUGAGGUAGGGGUAAAAGCGAACUAGGAAAAUUCCCAAGUCAGUCAUUACAUUUCUCAUUUUUAUUGAAAGGAAUUGCGUGUUACUAGACCAAACUAGAAAUCCAGAUGCGGAAGACUGACGGUGAGGCGAAGUUGCCUUCCAUGGAGCUGCUGAAUGGAGGGAAGACUGAAGAAGGUGAUGACUCAUCACAGGAGGACUACCAGCGGGGUACUUGGAGCCACAAGCUAGACUUCCUGUUGUCUGUGAUUGGCUACUCAGUGGGCGUGUCUAACAUCUGGAGGUUUCCGUACUUGUGUAUCAGGAAUGGGGGAGGUGCCUUCCUGAUCCCGUUUUUCUUUUUCCUGGUUUUCUGUGGUAUUCCUCUUUACUUCCUGGAGCUGUGUUUAGGACAGUUUUCCGGAGUCAGCUCGAUAUUUGUGUGGAAGCUCUGCCCAUUGUUUAAAGGUUUAGGGUUUCUGAUGGUCAUAGUGUCAGCUCUGAUGUCGUGGUACUAUAUAACAGUUCUGGUGUGGGUGCUUUACUACCUCGUCAAUUCCUUCACUGACCCACUGCCUUGGUCUGUCUGUACCGAGAAAUGGAACACACAUCACUGCAUCGAGUCGAGAGUUAAGGCAGCUGGGAUUGGCUCAGUGGCAGAGAAUUCAGUCUUUCAGAAUACCUCACUUCUAUAUAAUGCAUCAUCUAGUUCCAUUCUUCAAAAUAUAUCCACUGCCUUUAAUGUGAGUGUCAGCACAAAUGAUACAAACCCAGGAACAGGGGAUUCUCCUACAGCAGCCAAGGAGUUCUGGCAGCGCCGUGUGCUGAGAAUUUCCAGUGGUUUUGAUGAUGUGGGCACUAUAGAGCCCCACCUUGUGAUAGGCUUGUUUGUAGCCUGGGUACUAGUGUUUCUAUGUCUUAUGAAAGGAGUCAAAUCUGUGGGGAAAGUUGUGUAUGUAACAGCAGUAUUGCCGUAUAUUUUACUCACCACAUUCCUGAUCAGGGGUCUGAUGCUUGAAGGUUCAAUUGAUGGCAUCAUGUAUUAUUUGUCACCAGAUUUUUCCAGACUGUCCGAUUUUCAGGUGUGGCUUGAAGCAGGAAUUCAAGUCUUCUACUCUUUGGGACCAGCGUGGGGAGGACUGAUCACAAUGUCUAGUUACAACAAAUUCAACAACAACUGUCUACGAGAUGCCAUAAUUGGAAGUUUGGCUGAUGGACUUACCAGUUUUUAUGCUGGAUUUGUCAUUUUUGCUCUGCUAGGUAAUUUAGCAGCGGAAACCGGCUUGAAAAUCAGUGAUAUGACUGGUGAUUCAGGUCCAGGACUAGCACUUGUGGUUUAUCCUGAGGCCAUGCUGUCACUGCCAAUCCCCCAUCUAUGGGCUGUUCUCUUCUUCCUGAUGUUGUUAACUCUGGGAAUCGAUAGUCAGUUUGGAACAUUUGAGACAGUGUCCAGUGGCUUGGCUGAUGCAUUCCCUCAAUACUUUGCCGGUAGAAAACCCAUUUUAACUGCUGGAGUGUGCAUUAUCAUGUUUGUUCUAGGCCUGCCCUUUUGCACAAACGGAGGGAUGUAUUACUUCCAGAUCGUUGACUGGUACGCAGCCUCACUCUGUGUUCUGUUGACCUCAUUUUUAGAAUGUAUUAUUGUGGGCUGGAUCUAUGGUGCUGAUAAGUUUAGUAAAGACGUAAAAUUGAUGAUCGGUAAAGACGUCAACAUAGUCAUCCGUUUCUGUUGGUGCAUCAUUACGCCCCUAGUCAUGCUGGUAACUUUCAUCAUAACCCUGACAAACUACCAGCCCCCUACCUAUGAGGGUUACAAGUACCCGGUACACGCCCGUGUGGCAGGCUUUAUUCUCUCUCUCAUUCCGCUGAUACCGGUACCUGUAACAGCAGUAUAUUACUACACACGUACAGAUGGAACAUUUUUACAGAGGAUAAGAAAACUCACUCAGCCAGCAGCUGACUGGGGUCCACAUUUAAAUAAAUACAAAAAAGAGUACCACGAAAACCAGUCGAACACACCUGAUGGGGCACCUCUGCUCACCGCCAAACGGAACCUCCUCGGGAACCUCAUGUGAUGAUGCUUUUUAGAUAGUAUUUUUGUUGUUCACUGGCUACUCUUAAUAGGAAAAAUUUGGAAGUCCUCUAUAUAUUUCUAAAGCAAAUUUGCACAUUAAAUGAAAACUGUUGUAAAAUUGUCUCGCAUCAUGACUAGUCAACUUUUAUGGUUUGGAUAUAUUUUGUGUUUGUAAAUAUAUUUCUAGAGUAAAUUUGUGCAUAAAAGGAA